AUGUUAUCACGUUUCAGUGCUCGUUUUGAAGAAUUAAACAAUCAUUUAUUUCUUAUUGCUGGUCAAGAAUAUUAUCUGCAGUUAACGAAUAUUGAACAACGACGUCAAUUUGAACAAGCAUUCAUAAAUGAAUCGAAUCCAAAAAAAGAAUUAUCUGUAUUACUUCUUGGCAAUAAUCGAAUUGGACUUAAUGGUACUCAGUAUCUGUCUCAUGCAUUGGAAAAAAAUCAGACACUUACUAUACUUGGUCUACAGUCAAAUCAAAUUGGUGAUAAAGGAAUAAAACAUAUUGUUACUAUAAUGAACACAACUAUACCUCUAGAAGAAUUAUAUUUACAACAAAACCUUAUUGGUAAUAAGGGAAUUAAAGAUUUAGCCGAUAACUUGAAGGAAAAUACAAUACUGACUACUCUGAAUCUUUCUUGGAAUAGAAUUGGAGAUGAAGGAGCAGAACAUAUCGCUAAUGCAUUGCGAGAAAACAAGACACUUGUUACACUGGAUCUUCAACAAAACUACAUUGGUUGUUUAGGUGCAAGUCAUAUCGCUGAUGCAUUAAGAAUUAAUACGACACUAACUACACUUUCUCUUCAACAAAAUCAUAUCGGACCUAAAGGUGCAAAAUAUUUGGCUGAUGCUUUGCAUGACAACACAACAUUAACCAUCUUAUCUCUUUCGGGUAACCGAUUCGGGUCAAAAGGUGUACGCGAUCUUACUAACACACUCGAUGCAAAUACAUCAUUGACGAACGUUCUUGUGAAUGGUGCGAAUCUUUGCUGGAAACGGCAAACAUCUAAUAUAAAUGUCAAUUGA